CGUCUCCCUCUCUCUCUCUCUCUCUAUCUCUCUCAUGGUUAUCUUGCGCUUAUCUCGCCAUCUCUGUUGCUUGUGUAAGUGUAACUCUCUCUCGCCCCAAAUUCAACUUGUUAUCCCAAAAAGCUCCACUUCCAUAUCUUCCACUGCGCAUUUUUUUAUCCAAUCUGCCAGUUGCCAUUCCGACCAAGAUGUUUAUGCUUAUAACGUCAAGAUUGCGGCCCUCUCGCGCGCCGGCAAGCUCGAUGCGGCUCGCCAACUGUUUGACGAAAUGCCCAAACGAGACGUGGUCUCGUGGAACGCCAUGGUCACUGCGUACUGGCAGAAUGGGUACCUGGACCACUCCAAGCAGGUGUUUGAGUCUAUGCCAGUGAGGAAUGUAGUUUCUUGGAAUUCCAUGAUUGCGGGUUGUGUUGAGAACGGAAGGAUGGAAGAGGCUCUCGACUACUUCUGCAGUAUGCCGGAAAGAAACACGGCCUCGUGGAAUGCUAUGAUAUCGGGUUUCAUAAGGUGUGGCAGGAUUGAGGAAGCUGGUGGGCUCUUUGAGGAAAUGCCGAGGAGGAAUGUGAUUUCUUACACUGCAAUGAUUGAUGGCUAUGCUCAAAUUGGCGAGAUGGAGCGGGCAAGGGUUCUUUUUGAUAACAUGCCUUAUAAAAAUGCAGUCUCUUGGACUGUUAUGAUUUCUGCGUAUGUGGAGAAUGGGAGGUUUCAUGAGGCCAAGGAAUUGUUUGAUCGGAUGCCAGAAAAGGGCAUAUUUGCAGCAACGGCCAUGAUCAUAGGCUACUGUAAGGAGGGGAAGAUGGACAGUGCGAGGAUUUUGUUCGAAGAGAUUCAGUGCAAGGAUCUUGUCUCUUAUAAUGUAAUGAUAACAGGUUAUGCACAAAAUGGAAAUGGUGGGGAGGCAUUGAAGCUAUUCACACAAAUGCUCGGAAGGUGUAUGAAGCCAGAUCACGCCACCAUUGUUUCAGUUCUUACAGCUUGUUCUAGUCUUUCAUCACUAAAAGAAGGACAGCAAACUCAUGCCAUCAUUCUUAAAAUGGGAUUGGACUCACCUUCACCUGUCCCUGUAUGUAAUGCUGUGGUUACCAUGUAUGGCAAAUGUGGCAGCAUCUUUGACGCUGAGUUGGCUUUCACUCACCUCAACAAUCCAGACGUUGUUUCAUGGAACGCUAUAAUCUCUGCCUUUUCACAUCACGGCUUCUAUGAAAAGACUCUUGCUUAUUUUGAGGAGAUGAGAUUGAACGGUUUUGAGCCGGAUGGAAUGACAUUUCUUAGUUUGUUGUCUGCGUGCGGUCAUUCAGGCAUGGUGGGCGAGAGUUUGUACUGGUUUGACUUGAUGACAGAAAAUUACAGAAUUCUUCCCUGGUCAGAGCACUAUGCUUGUUUGGUCAGUAUAUUAAGCCGAGCAGGUCAGUUGCUGAAGGCUUACAAGAUGAUCCAAGAGAUGCCAUUCGAGGCAGACUCGUGUGUUUGGGGUGCGCUUCUUGCAGGCUGUCGCGCCCAUUCAAAUGCAGAGCUAGGGCAAUUAGCUGCUGCAAAAGUUGCAGAAUUUGAUCCUCAGAAUGCCAGUGCUUAUAUUACUUUGUCUAACAUAUAUGCUGCUGCUGGCAUGUGGAAAGAAGUUACCAGAGUGAGAGGUCUGAUGAAAGAGCAAGGAGUUAAGAAGCAACCGGCAUAUAGUUGGAUGGAGAUUGCAGAUAAGGUCCAUUUUUUUUUGGGAGGAGAUGUGUCUCAUCCAAAUGUUGACAAGAUUCAUUCAGAGCUCAAGCUAAUGGGUUUACAAAUGAAGGCAGUGGGUGAUAUUGCUGAAAUUUUUGCUUCUUGGAGCUGUUAUAAUUGAAAUGCAUCUGAUGCAUCCUGAUCUUGUGGAUGAAGGAGAUGUUUCAAUCCAUACAACUAGGAAAUUCUGGAAACUUCAGAUGAAGCCAAGAGGACAGAUUAUGUGCUUACAUCUCAAGGAUGUGCCUGAAGAGGAUAAGGGUUAUGUAUAUUCUAACCUAAUUAAGUUAUAAUUUCACUACAUAGAGUCAGUUAUAUAAAUUUUAGUUUGUCAUCUUGAAUCUGUAUAUAAUUAUAUUUUUUUAGGCAAUUGGAAUUCAUUCAUAUAUAAGAGUCGUUCUGUCAAGUUUUUUCUUGUUUUUAUCUAUCUUGUUUGGUAAAGACUUGUACUAUUUCAUAAUCAUUUCUUAUUUUAAUAGGAGU